AAGAAAUUUGAGAAAAAUCCUAAUUUUCUAAACCUCACUCCACAAGAAAUUAGUCCCUGAAGGAGAAGCAGUGUCAAUCAUUCCAAAAGAGAAUCCUAGCUAUUCAUUUAUUGAUAGUGAUGAUCAAAUCAACUUGGGAUACAAAUUUGAAUGCUUACUCGAAUUUAAUUAGAGAUACUCCUCACUGUAUGAGGGCUUUUAAGAAGAAGAUAAUGUCAACAAUGUAUUUCUAAUGAAUCAAUUGAGUUACAUGGACGGUCUCCCUGAACUAAUUUACCUUUAGUUUGGAAAAGAGGAGAUCACGGUGUUUGGUUAUUUGUAUUCUUCCUUCCGAAGGGUCUGAUUAAGAGGGAACUUCACUCAAUAACUACUACAAUAGUAGAAAUGUUUACAAGUCUUUCUUGGAAAAGCUUGUGAACAAAUAUGAUAAGGAAGCUCCUGAGCCUCAAGGGUAUGCUAAGGUCAGUUGAAUGAUAAGGAAGCUCCUGAUCCUGAAGGGUAUGUUAAGAAGAUCAUCCUAGCUUCCUAAGACAGCACGUCAGUGACGUGUACAUGGGCUCUUUCACUCCUACUCACCAAUCCCAGUGUCUUAAGAAAGGCUCAGGGUGAGCUUGCUCCAAAGUUGGCAAGGACAGAAACAUAUAGGAGGCGACAUCAAUUACCUUAUCUGCUUCCUAGCAGUUGUCGAGGAGACACUAUAUGUUGCACCCUUUAUCCCACUCAACUUGGGGGGAUAUGAAGGGACAACAGGUACACGCUUGCUGGUCAACCUGUGGAACUACAUCGUAAUUCUGGAGUGUGGUCGAACCCGGCGGAGUUUAAGUCGAUGAGGUUUUUUCCACAGUUAGAUGGUGGUUAUGGUGGUGAAAGAGCAAAGAUGGAUCAGGAAAAUGGAUGUGUUCCAGGAUCAAACUUUUCUUAACAAUUCAUAUGCAACUGGCUCGCCUACCUCACUCAUUCACAUGUUUCACUUGGAAAUGAUGGUCUAGGGUAGCAUCAAGCAUGCAUCUUGGUUUAGAGGUCUCAUGGUAUAUGGGGUUAAUAAAUAGAAUCACACAAUUAUGAGUAUGGUAUGCCUUAGUUUACAGAAUAGACAUUUAUAUAAUGAAAAGAGAAAAAGAGGGGGGGGGGGAAGUACCCCAGAGACUUUAUGUUAAGAAAUUUAGUAUCUGUGUUUAAAACAUUAAUUGCAGUACUUAGAUCUUGUGAUGAAGUAGCCAUAUUUUACUCUCCUUCUUAAGUUUGGAGUAAUUAUUUAAUAUUGAGGGACCUUCUUACUGUUUCAUCUCAGUCUGUUUUCAUUUACAGGGCUAAAGCUGCACUGAAAGCUGGAUAUGCAGUUUUGGUGUCAUUAUCCUUCACCAUAUUUUUCACUGAAUGUCUUGCAGUGAAAAAGUACUCAACACACACCAUAGAACUAUCAAAGCCAUUGUUUUUGUCAUCUCUGUCUAGUCUUCUUAUCAAUCUGAAACCCAUUUAUCAAGCCGGUUUUACCAACGUCUCCCUAGUCACGGCCCUCACUGAAACUAGUUAGCAGCAAGAGGAAUUAAAAAAGGUUCUUUCUCACUGCUUACUGUGUAAACAUCCUUUACGAGAAAGGAGAAAUGGGCGGAGCUCUGCCAAUGCCGUCCUCCCAGUUUCCAGUAUCCAGCAAUUUUCAACACCAGUCUACCUGAUCGGCACUGCUACUGCUCUUCGUCUUGGUGAGAUUCUUCACCAUUCCAGUCGCAAACAUAAUCUAUGUUUAGGUGCUAUUCUUAGCUCCUCUUUCAAGGGACUCUCUCAUUUUAGUCAUGUGUUCGGGUCCAAAGAAGUCUGGUGUGGAAGGAAAAGCUUAUUUGAGGGGGUUGGUUUUCUUGAACUAUCUAGCACUUCUUUCUCGUCUGCGCCUCAUCUUGCAUAAGUUUUUCAGCGGGAAAGAAAAUGAGAAGCACAGUGUAAGCAAGGGGCAUUCAGAUUUGGAGACAGCUAGAAGAAAUUCCAUUGAUGGACGACUAUGGACAAAUGUCCUGCUUGGACUUAAUGUCUUAUUUUUUGUGGCACAAAUGGCAACUCAUGGGAAGCUCAUGUUGUGGGGAGCGAAGAUUAACAGCCUCAUAGACAAAGGACAAUUUUGGAGGUUCGCCACGUCGUCGUUGCUUCAUGCAAAUAUCGGGCAUCUGAUGAUUAAUUGCUAUUCCUUGAACUCCAUUGGUUCCACGGUGGAGAGUAUCAGUGGCCCAGGAAGAUUUCUGUCAGUUUAUUUUACUUCAGCAGUGACAAGUUCUGCAAUGAGUUAUUGGUUCUGUCCAGCACCUGCGGUUGGUGCUUCUGGGGCCAUCUUUGGACUGGUUGGGUCCUUUGCUGUGUUUGUCUUGAGGCAUAGAAGUCUUGUUGGAAAUAGGAAAGAAAUGUUGCAGCAUGUGGCACAAGUGAUUGUCCUAAACAUGGUUAUCGGUUUGUUAUCUAAAGGAAUAGUUAACUGGGGCCAUCUGGGAGGGCUGUUGGGUGGAGCAGCUAUGUCAUGGUUUGUGGGCCCUGCAUGGACGUAUGAAGGUAGGACUAGUGAUGGCAAAUCAGUUUUUGUUGACAAGGCCCCGCUUUCUUAUAUCACCAAAAGGAGGAGCAAAUGAUAAAAUACCCUGGACUGAUCUGCAAUCAAGACAUGGGCUACUCAGUUGGGGACCUUGGGGUAUCAGGAAGACCGGAGAAAAUCAUACAUCUCUAAAUUAUUUUUGUACUCUAUUAUGGUAUAGCAGCCAGAACCCUCACUUCUGUGUCAACUACAGUAUUUCAUGAGAAUACAUGGCGGCUUCAUCCAAUGGUUUUGCUGUUGUUGACGAGAAUAUCGAACCGUUACUGUUAAAAAGGAUGAUUUUAGAGGAGAGAGUAGUAAAGCUGAAGAUGAGGCUGAGAUAGAAGGCGUGGUAAAUUACAGAGG